AUGAAACUCUCAGCUACCUUAAAUCAGCAGUCUCCUAAAGAAGAUAAUAACUGCCUAAAUUCAGAACUUUGGCAUGCCUGUGCUGGUCCUCUUGUUUCUCUGCCUUCUAUUGGCACUCAUGUGGUGUAUUUUCCUCAGGGUCACAGUGAACAGGUUUCUGUAUCGACGAACAAGGAAGUCGAUGCUCAAAUACCGAAUUACCCGAGCUUACCCCCACAGCUCAUUUGCCAGCUUCAUAAUGUGACCAUGCAUGCUGACAUAGAAACAGAUGAGGUUUAUGCUCAAAUGACCUUGCAACCAUUGAGCCCACAAGAGCAAAACGAGGUCUCUUUCCACCCAGCGGAUUUAGGUGUCGCUAGCAAACAGCCUACGAAUUACUUCUGCAAAACAUUGACGGCAAGUGACACGAGCACACAUGGCGGAUUUUCAGUCCCACGCCGUUCGGCCGAAAAAGUUUUUCCUCCAUUGGAUUUCUCCCAGCAGCCUCCAGCACAGGAGUUGAUUGCUCGGGAUCUCCACAACAACGAGUGGAAAUUCAGACAUAUAUUUCGGGGUCAGCCAAAGAGACAUCUUCUCACAACAGGGUGGAGUGUUUUCGUGAGUUCGAAGAGACUCGUAGCUGGUGACUCGGUCCUUUUCAUAUGGAAUGAGAAGAACCAAUUGCUUCUCGGUAUACGGCGUGCAAACAGGCCACAAACCGUUAUGCCCUCGUCUGUUUUAUCGAGCGAUAGUAUGCAUUUGGGCCUGCUUGCUGCUGCUGCUCAUGCGGCCUCGACAAGUAGCCGUUUCACAAUAUUUUAUAAUCCGAGGGCAAGUCCUUCUGAAUUUGUCAUACCUCUUGCCAAAUACGUGAAAGCAGUGUAUCACACUCGAGUUUCUGUCGGCAUGCGUUUCAGGAUGAUGUUCGAGACGGAAGAUUCUAGUGUUCGUCGCUACAUGGGCACGAUAACUGGCGUAAGUGAUUUGGAUUCUACGAGGUGGCCGAACUCACAUUGGCGCUCGGUUAAGGUUGGGUGGGAUGAGUCUACAGCUGGUGAGAAGCAGCCGAGAGUUUCUCUUUGGGAAGUCGAGCCUUUGACAACUUUCCCGAUGUAUCCAUCGACUUUUGCUCUGCGACUCAAACGUCCGUGGCCACCUGGCCUUACCUCCUUCCCCGGGAUGAAAGCCGAAGACCUGGCAAUGAACCCCCCUUUCAUGUUCUUCCGUGGGAAUGCCCGGGACCUCGGGACCCAAUCUCCCAACUACCAAGGAGUGGGGCCUACCUCUCCUUGGAUGCAAUUGCAGUCUAGGUUCGAACCAUCGAUUCUCGCCAUGCAGAAUGAUACUACUGCUUUUCAGGAAAUGAGAUGGGCCGACCCAUCCAAACAGUCCCAGCUGCUUUUCAGCAACCGGCCUGUGGGCCUGACACAGGCCCAGAUACCACAGCAACAACAACAGCCUCAAAACCUCAUGCACAACACUCUUUUUCAGCAGCAAAUGCUUCAUCAGAAUUCGUUCGACAAUAAUGACAGCACGCAAAUGCAACACGGUCUUGAUCAUGAACGGGCCUCAUCGGGUGGCCCCGUAUUCUCCCAAGCCCAGACAAGCAUGCACAUUAGUUCUCCUCUGCACGGGUUAUUUGGGCCGGCCCGCCAAGAAGAUGGUGCUUGGCCCGCUAAGCGUGUGGCACUCGACCCACUUCCUUUUACGGAUUCAAUUUCGAAUUCGGUCCAGGUCGAGCAGUUGGGCUUACUGAGCUCGAGUGUGGCCCACAAUUCCGUGUCUCUGCCUCCAUUUCCCGGCAGUAAUGACCCACAUAAUCAAUUUGUUUUUGGAUUGUCGGGCCUUAAAGGAGUUGGAGAAAGUGAGACUGCGAAUAUGGGUUUUGCCUCAUCGAGCUCGGUUGCCGAUUACUCAUUUAAUCCUACUGUUAACACAAACAAUUGUGUAGAGGAUUCGGUUUUUGUGCCUUCUUCUGAUAAUGGGGAGCUUGCUAAUCCAAUCAAUAGAGCAUUUGUGAAGGUUUAUAAGUCGGGAUCGUUUGGAAGGUCACUCGAUAUAACAAAGUUCAGCAGCUACAAUGAGCUGCGUAUGGAACUCGCUCGGAUGUUUGGGCUCCAGGCCCAAUUGGAAGAUUCUUUAAGAUCAGGCUGGCAGCUUGUGUUUGUAGACCGUGAAAAUGACGUGCUCCUUCUCGGUGACGAUCCGUGGCCGGAAUUUGUAAACAGUGUGUAUUGUAUCAAGAUACUUUCACCAGAAGAGGUUCAAGAAAUGCGAAAAAGGGGGCUUGAGCUUCUUAACAAUGUUCCUCUUCCCCAAAAUGUCGUGUGUGAGGGCUACCCGAGCCGCCAAGAACCGCCGAGGAAUAUGAAUGCCGGCAUAGCUUCUGUAGGGACUCUUAAUUUCUGA